CUUUUCAAGUCUAUUCAAGUCUGGAAUGGUGCCUAAAUGCAGAUCCAGGCAAGUUUAUUGGUUGGCUGAUGCCUCUAGGUUUUCAGACUCCUAUUGGUCUAUUGAUAGGAUCCCCCAUCAUAGUCAACAAUGGGGAAAAGAAGGUGUUUAAAUCCACAUAUUUAUCCUUUUUCAUCAUUCCAAACCUUCCUUGGCAGUCUGUUGCCAUAAAGAUCCAGUCUUACCAUCAUGUGAGCAAAUUACACACUUCCUGUUAAGUUCAAGAGGAGUUUAACAAACUCCAAAGGUUUAGAUUCGUGAUCAUGGGACGUCAAAACUUUACCCCCGUGUCCCGUAAGAACAUUUUUCUUUCUUCCCUUACCAUCCAACUCAACUUGAAUUUCAGCAAGUUAAGCUUGUUUCACGUUCAAAGGCAUUUUAAUUACCACUCUGACAAUAAACGCGAGGAAGAUAAAAGAUUCACGCACAUCUUGCCUUACUUGAAUAACACGUUUUCUAGUGUUUUCCAUUUUGAAGAGCAGCUUAGAGUCACUUUUAGACCGCACUGAAACAGGAAGUGAAUAAAAACUGACCGGCCUAAAGAAUUUAUAGAUGAAAACAAUGGCAUAUUUGAACAGAUUUGUUUAGUGGGAGAUUAUGCUGAAUAGGGUAUACAUUUAUUUUAAUAUCUUAAGUUCACGCGAGGGGUUUCCCCAAUUAUGUCUGGGUGUGUCUCAGCAUCAGAGCCGAAACAGCCAUUUGUUUACAAAUGCAGGCCUGUAGUAUUCAGCUUGUCCCCGUGUCUCACCUCACUUAACAAGGCUGCUGCUGGUGGGUGGGAGCGCUGAAGAGGGAAAGUGGAUGAGCCUUAAAGCCUCUUACUUCCCACCUGAAUUAGGCAUGGGCGAGCUUAUGCUGCGCCCGCUUUGAAACAAGCAACUUACACAGCUCGGAACCGUGGGAACUCGUCGAAAUCUGCGUCAGGAAUUCGUGGGACUCCUCGCAUGUCACGGCGGGGCGACUUCCAUUUCAGUCGCAAGCCAAGACGUCCGUCCACCGGAUGUGUGCGUGUGUCAUUCACAGCGUGUGACACACGGCACCAAAUCCCCCCCCCGCAGCAGCAGCAGCAGCGCAUCCACGCUCCCCUCCUCUCAGUCUGGAGAGCUGCUGCUCUGCUUUGGACUGGGGGAAAUCCUUAACUGAGCUGCGUCAUAAUAUACGUCAAUAAACUCUCAUUCACCGACGGUCAGGUACCACAGUAGCCGCCAUAUUCGCAUCUCCAUGGCAGGGUGAGCGGUGCUCUCUGCGAGCUUAUGAUCCUGUCGGCGACACCAACACUCCCCCCUGCGUCGAGCUCGCAUCCCUUCCCUACAGCGGUCCGCAGCCACUCGACCCAGGGCACCCGGGCAGCGAAGCAGAGCAAGCCGCGCGGACGUCCACAGAGAGGGGAAGACAUGCAGCGUGGAGAGGGGGUCUAGGUCGACUACGAUGCCUUAGACUUGGAGAGAGGAAUCCUGGCACAAGAUGGAGGUAAACAGCGUUAGCAGCGAGGUCAAUGGACAUCAGAUCAUGGACGAGCCAAUGGAGGAGGAAGAGUCUUUCUCACACUGUGAAGACGGCACGUAUAAAGAGAUUCCCAUCACCCAUCAUGUGAAAGAGGGCUGUGAGAAAGCGGAUCCGUCUCAGUUUGAGCUUCUUAAAGUCCUCGGUCAGGGCUCUUUUGGCAAGGUGUUUCUCGUCCGAAAGAUCGUGGGUCCAGAUGGUGGACAGUUAUAUGCAAUGAAAGUACUAAAAAAAGCAUCUUUGAAAGUCAGGGACAGAGUUCGCACUAAGAUGGAAAGAGACAUUUUAGUGGAAGUUAAUCAUCCCUUCAUAGUGAAAUUGCACUAUGCCUUUCAGACAGAAGGGAAAUUGUAUUUAAUACUGGACUUUCUCAGGGGAGGGGAUGUAUUCACUCGCUUAUCCAAAGAGGUUAUGUUUACAGAGGAAGAUGUGAAAUUCUACCUUGCAGAGCUGGCUCUGGCCCUCGACCAUCUGCACAACCUGGGCAUAGUUUACAGAGAUCUCAAGCCAGAGAACAUCUUACUCGAUGAAGCUGGACAUAUAAAGUUAACAGACUUUGGCUUGAGUAAAGAGUCAGUCGAUGCUGAUAAGAAGGCGUAUUCCUUCUGUGGUACGGUGGAGUAUAUGGCCCCUGAGGUGGUCAACAGAAGAGGACACACGCAGAGCGCAGACUGGUGGUCUCUGGGAGUCCUUAUGUUUGAGAUGCUAACGGGGACGUUACCUUUCCAAGGGAAAGACCGGAACGAGACCAUGAACAUGAUUCUCAAAGCUAAGUUGGGAAUGCCACAGUUCCUAAGUUUGGAAGCCCAGAGUUUGCUGCGAAUGCUGUUUAAACGCAACCCCGCUAACAGACUGGGGGCCGGGCCCGAUGGAGUGGAGGAGAUCAAACGGCACGCUUUCUUUUCCACCAUCGACUGGAAUAAACUGUUCAGAAGAGAACUCCAGCCCCCGUUCAAACCCGCAGCUGGUAAACCGGACGACACUUUCUGCUUCGACCCCGAGUUCACUGCAAAAACGCCUAAAGACUCCCCGGGCAUCCCACCCAGCGCCAAUGCCCACCAACUCUUCAAAGGCUUCAGCUUCGUCGCUCCGGCUCCGAUGGACGAGAACAAGAGCUCCCCGCUGCUCAGCAUUCUCCCCAUAGUUCAGGUGCACGGGGGCUCCACCAAGUUCUCCGAUCUGUACGAGCUCCAAGAAGACAUCGGAGUCGGCUCGUACUCCAUCUGCAAGCGCUGUGUGCACAGGGUUUCUGGAGCCGAUUAUGCUGUGAAGAUCAUUGAUAAAAGUAAGAGGGACCCCUCAGAGGAGAUUGAAAUCCUGAUGCGAUACGGACAGCACCCCAACAUCAUCACUCUGAAAGAUGUGUACGACGAGGACAGGUACGUGUACCUGGUGACUGAGCUGAUGAAGGGCGGGGAGCUGCUGGACCGGAUCCUCAGGCAGAAGUUUUUCUCCGAAAGAGAGGCCAGCGCUGUGCUCUACACCAUCACAAAGACCGUCGACUACCUCCACUGCCAAGGGGUGGUACAUCGAGACCUGAAGCCCAGCAACAUCCUCUACAUGGACGACUCCGGGAAUCCCGACUCCAUCAGGAUCUGUGACUUUGGGUUCGCCAAGCAGCUCCGAGGAGGAAACGGGCUGCUGCUGACCCCUUGCUACACGGCUAACUUUGUGGCACCAGAGGUACUAAUGCGACAAGGCUAUGAUGCCGCCUGUGAUAUAUGGAGUCUAGGAGUUCUUCUGUACACCAUGUUGGCAGGGUACACUCCGUUCGCUAACGGGCCAAAUGACACACCGGAGGAGAUUCUUCUGCGGAUAGGAUCGGGGAAGUUUUCUUUGACCGGUGGAAACUGGGAUACCGUAUCGGACUCCUCCAAGGACCUGCUGUCCCACAUGCUCCACGUCGACCCCCACCAGCGAUACACGGCCGAGCAGGUUCUGAAGCAUUCCUGGAUCACGUGCAGAGACAGCCUGCCGCACUUCCAGCUCACGCGCCACGACGCCCCGCACCUCGUCAAGGGAGCCAUGGCUGCAACUUAUUCAGCGCUUAGUCAGAAGACCAGUCAGCCGGUGCUGGAGCCCGUGGCGGCUUCCAGUUUAGCCCAGAGACGCAGCAUGAAGAAACUCACCUCAACAGACAUGUAGACACUCUCUCACACACACACACACACACAGAGAGAAAACGCUCAUCCUCCAGGUUCUUGGCCUCCCUCUCGCCAACACACAGGAGCAUGCAAACACUCAGACCCGAGCCUUGGCCAGUCCAAACCCUGACAUCUCUGUUUUCAAAAGAUAAUUUAUUUGACCCGUCCAGCACUCAGAUAAAACACUCACAGAGCAGACAAAAAAACCCAACAAAAUAUAACACCUUGAAGUCGGCCAAAGAGGUAUAGACGACUCACACACACACACAGAGACACACACACCUGUUAGUGCUGGGGAGACAGACUUGUAUUUAUUUCCACAGCUUUCAUAUGCACUUACCCUCCUCGCCUUUCCAUUCUCUCUUCCUCACGUCGGGGAAGAAACACACCAGCUGACGUUCUCCUUCACUGUGAUUGGCUGAUUCAAAGCUGCUUCGUCAAACUGUGCCCCCUCCCUCCCCCUACUGCUCUUCAUCGUCACUCAUCCUCCUCGGUUCCCGCGCCCUUCCCAUGUUUGCUUUCUCUCCCCCCCCCACCCCCCACCCACUCUCAAACUCGGUUGUUUUUAUUUUCCUUCAGAAUGAAUUGAGGGUGGUGGCGAGAUGAUAUUGACCGAGGUUCAUGUUCAAACUGUUUCCUCCACUAAAAUGAUUGAAGAGUUUCUGCAUGUCGCAGAUUUAAAAGGAGGAGAAGAAGAAGAAGAGAAAAACAAAAGUCCCUCAGGAUCAAAAUCAUUUACCAGCACUUUUGGGAACAUAAAUGCAUGUUUGAACCGAACCUGUGUUUCAUUUUCCCUUUUAAAAACUUUCCAUUUGACUCAUGUUUGUGAUACUGCAGAGGUAUCAGUUAAGGUGACAUAAGCUGCUGAUGGAGACAUGAAAAUACCAAGAAUUUGAAGGUUAUAUGAUGUUAUAAUCACAGUAGAAAGACUUGUUUUGAAAAUAUAUAAAAAUAUAUAUAUAUAUGAAUAUGUCUAUAUAUAUCUCUUAAGUAAACGUGUCUGAUGAUGAUAAAGAUGAAGAGCAUGUGGUGGAGGUGGAGGGAUUUCUCUGGGGGGGACGGGAUGCACCCCGUCGAACCAGAGGCUGAAUUCAAGAAAAAAAAUAUUUCCAUCGAUAUCUCUUCAAAAAGACAUUGUGGAAAUUGUAUGAUAUUGUAUUUAUUUCGUUUGAUUUUUAAAAUUCUAUUUUUUUCUUUCAAGGUCUGUAUAUAUUGACAUUAAAGAUCAUAUGGACAUGCA